CUUGGGGGGCCCAUCAGGCAGAGGGGUAGGCGCACUCACUGUGCCUCCUACCCUGCUGCCUGGGUGGAAACAUAACAUGGCAGAGGAUGAGUGGGGGCUCACCCUCCUCAGGGAGUCAUGGCAAGUGGCCACUCAUGUGGCCCACUCCCCUCAUGACCUUUGGCCAGUGAUACCCACAGCAGUGGUUGGGGGCAAGGACACGAACUCCUGUCUUCUGGAGCCCUUGAACAUAGCAUCAGGGUGUGGCUUCCCCUCUGGAAGCUGGAGGGAUACACCAAGAGAGCACUGACCAAGGCUUUUUGCCUCCCCUGCGAUGUCCGGAACUCCAUGACGUCCCCGGUGCAACCCGGAAGCAGUUCUCCCAGAAUCCAGCCUCCCUGCCCCACCCUGGAAUGCAGGGCCAGGCCCAGGACUUGCUGUGGCGCGUAGGUGGCUCCUCCCCGCAGGCCUGGUCAGAGGAGGUGGGGCGCCGGCUCCUUUCCCAGGCUGCAGGCCGGUGUCCACGGCUGCGCUUGGCCUACUUCAUGUAGGAUUCCAGAAGCCUCUGGUGGUCUGCUUAUUCACUGUCACCCCGGGAACGCCCUGGCCCAGCAGCCAGUCGUGAGGUCCUUGCGCGGCCUGGCUGGCCCUGGAACCAGAGCAGGCCGCUGUUGGCGAAGAUCUGGAUCUCCAUGACAGCCUUUGUACUGAGCCCUUGAUCAGCAGACGCUGGCGCAGGCCCUGGGCGAAGAGCACGUCCUCUGGCGUCCCUGGCUUACGCAUGGAAGACAAGGGCACUUUCAUUUGGACCCUUGGAUACCCAUUGAACCAGAUGCUUGAAACCUGCAAGUAAUCUUCAGAUCCUAGCAGAACCAUAGGCUUUUCCUUUGUGUUGGGAAGAUAUAGCCUAUAUGCUGUGGAAAUGAACGGGGAGCAGCAGCUUGAUGCAGAUGCCGGCUCUGGUAUGGAAGAGAUAGAAUUAAGCUGGGAAGAUUAUCUAGAAGAAACAGGGUCCACAGCAGUUCCCUAUGGGUCUUUUAAACAUGUGGACACACGUUUGCAAAAUGGAUUUGCUCCUGGGAUGAAGCUGGAGGUGGCUGUGAGAACAGAUCCUGAAACCUACUGGGUUGCCACCAUCAUCACCACGUGUGAACAGUUGCUCCUUCUCCGCUAUGAUGGCUAUGGGGAGGAUCGGAGAGCAGAUUUCUGGUGUGACAUCAGGAAGGCUGAUCUCUACCCCAUUGGGUGGUGUGAGCAGAAUAAGAAGACCCUUGAAGCCCCAGAAGGCAUCAGAGAUAAAGUGUCUGACUGGGAUGAGUUUCUGCGGCAGACCCUGAUAGGAGCAUGUAGUCCUCCUAUUCCACUGCUAGAGGGCCUCCGUAAUGGGAGGAAUCCUUUAGAUCUCAUUGCUCCAGGAUCCAGACUAGAAUGUCAAGCUUUCCAGGACUCUUUAAGCACUUGGAUUGUUACUGUAGUAGAAAACAUUGGAGGAAGGCUGAAGCUACGUUAUGAAGGACUUGAAAGUUCUGACAAUUAUGAACAUUGGUUGUAUUACUUGGAUCCAUUUCUUCAUCACGUUGGUUGGGCUGCUCAACAGGGAUACGAGCUUCAGCCUCCUUCAGCCAUCAGACAUCUAAAAAAUGAAGCUGAGUGGCAAGAGAUUUUGGCCAAAGUGAAAGAGGAAGAGGAAGAGCCAUUACCAUCUUACUUAUUUAAGGACAAACAAGUUAUUGGCAUUCAUACAUUCUCUGUAAACAUGAAAUUGGAAGCUGUAGACCCCUGGUCUCCUUUUGGGAUCUCUCCGGCUACAGUUGUUAAGGUUUUUGAUGAGAAGUACUUUCUGGUGGAAAUGGAUGACUUGCGACCUGAAAACCACGUGCGGCGAUCCUUUGUGUGCCACGCCGACAGUCCUGGCAUCUUCCCUGUGCAAUGGAGUCUGAAGAAUGGCCUACACAUCAGCCCCCCUCCAGGCUACCCAAGCCAGGACUUUGACUGGGCUGACUACCUCAAACAGUGUGGUGCUGAAGCUGCUCCCCAGAGGUGCUUCCCUCCGUUAAUUUCUGAACAUGAAUUUAAAGAGAACAUGAAGCUUGAGGCGGCGAACCCCCUUCUCCCUGAGGAAGUGUGUGUUGCUACCAUCACUGCAGUGAGAGGCUCCUACCUGUGGCUCCAGCUGGAGGGUUCUAAGAAGCCUAUACCUGAAUAUAUUGUGAGUGUGGAAUCCAUGGAUAUAUUUCCUUUGGGCUGGUGUGAAACCAAUGGCCACCCCCUCAGCACUCCUCGCCGAGCACGAGUACAUAAACAGAGGAAAAUUGCAGUGGUUCAGCCAGAGAAACAAGUACCGUCCUCGAGGACUGUCCAUGAGGGCCUGAGGAAUCAGGAGCUGAACUCCACAGAGUCAGUUACGAUUAAUGGAAAAUAUUGCUGUCCAAAGAUAUACUUCAACCACCGUUGCUUCUCAGGGCCAUAUCUUAACAAAGGAAGAAUUGCUGAGCUGCCUCAAUGUGUAGGACCUGGGAACUGUGUUCUGGUCCUUAGAGAGGUCCUCACUUUACUUAUCAAUGCAGCCUACAAACCCAGCCGUGUCCUUCGGGAGCUGCAGCUGGACAAAGACUCUGUGUGGCACGGAUGUGGGGAAGUCCUAAAAGCCAAAUAUAAAGGAAAGAGUUAUCGGGCUACUGUUGAGAUAGUGAAAACAGCAGAUCGGGUGACUGAAUUCUGCCGGCAAACCUGUAUCAAACUGGAAUGCUGUCCUAACCUCUUCGGUCCACGGAUGGUCCUGGAUAAGUGUUCUGAGAACUGUUCUGUACUUACAAAGACCAAAUACACACAUUAUUAUGGAAAGAAGAAAAAUAAAAGAAUUGGGAGGCCACCUGGUGGGCAUAGUAACUUAGCUUGUGCCCUGAAAAAAGCCAGUAAGAGGAGAAAGAGGCGGAAAAAUGUUUUUGUUCAUAAGAAGAAACGCUCCUCUGCAUCUGUUGAUAAUACCCCAGCGGGCUCUCCCCAGGGAAGUGGGGGUGAAGAUGAGGAUGACCCAGAUGAAGGGGAUGAUGAUUCCCUAAGUGAAGGCAGUACAUCCGAGCAGCAGGAUGAGCUACAGGAAGAAUCAGAAAUGUCAGAAAAAAAGUCAUGCUCCUCUUCUCCCACCCAAAGCGAGAUAUCCACAUCGCUGCCUCCAGAUAGACAAAGGAGAAAAAGGGAGCUUCACACCUUUUCAUUUUCUGAUGAUGAAAAUAAACCUCCUUCACCAAAGGAAAUAAGGAUUGAAGUUGCUGAAAGGCUUCACCUGGACAGUAAUCCCUUGAAGUGGAGCGUGGCAGACGUUGUGCGGUUCAUCAGAUCCACUGACUGUGCUCCAUUAGCAAGAAUAUUCCUAGACCAGGAAAUUGAUGGGCAGGCCCUAUUGCUCCUUACCCUUCCCACUGUUCAAGAAUGCAUGGACUUAAAAUUGGGCCCUGCCAUCAAACUUUGCCAUCACAUAGAGAGGAUCAAGUUUGCUUUUUAUGAGCAGUUUGCCAACUGAGAAGGACAACCAAAGUGAGCUGGAUCUUUGAAGCACAAAUGCAGCAAAUCCUUCACCCUGCUUUAUAAGUGGAGCUGGAAUAGUCCUGGGGCUCUGGGGCCUGCAGGUGUCAGCUUGCUCUCUUUGCACUUUCCGGGAAGGAGGACUCACAGUGAGGAGGCAAAACCUGUGCACAGAAGUGGAUUGCCUGCCGGUGGAAAUGUGGACAUCUCUUGUUCAGCAGAUGGCAGUUUUAAAAAAAUAAAGGUUGUGAGGAAAAGACUUAUAUAAGAAGAAAAGCAUUUCCAGUGGUGUGGCCUGAAAACAAAGAAUAACCUAGGCUGCUGGAAAGCACCCUUUUGGUUGUUUUCAUUCUGUUCCCUCCCAUUGUAUAUUGAACUUUGUUCUCUGCUUCCUUUAUCUUGGAAAGAGAGGACCUAGCUUUAAGUCAGCACUGAUUUGGGACUGUUCCUAAAGGCAUAUCAGUGCUUCACUGUCAUUGUGUUUUUAAGCUUUUUAAAAUUAAAACAGUUCAUUUUGGGGAUGAUUAUGUGGCUCUAGGGUUUUGAAUGUAUAGUCACACUUUGGUCCAUUUUAAAAUCGAUUCUUAGGAGUUUCUUUGUUUACUACCUCUGUUGAUAAUUGAGCUUACAGCCAUGUAUGAGGUUUUUUGUAUGAUGCCAUUUUUAAGCUACAUGAACACUAAAAUUAUGACAGAAUUUGGAGGGGGGAAACUGUUUGCUUUCUUAAAAACAUUAUGUGGGCACUUACACCAGUUCCUUAACUGACCUGAUCUAAGAACUCUACUGUUACUGUUCUCCAUCUUGACCCAGCCUGGGCUGCCUGUGUUAAGUAACAUCACCAAGACUGUUAGUAUUUCCGUUUAAUUGCCCUCUUCCUGUUCAUUCUUAGAGGGACUUCAGUGACUUUUAUUUUGUGUUUACUUUUCUCUAGAGUUGUUUGUCUACCUCUGUUUCAUUUCUAUGGUCUUUACUUUGGGUGAAAAUCAGUAGGUGUUCCAUGGACCCACAGCGAAGCCCAUUUGUCCUUCUUUCCAGGUGUCUCCACUGUAGAAGCACAGCACAGAAAACAUGUUUUGGAGGGUAACGCAGAGCAUGGAGUUUCUGUAGCAGUGUCCUCAGUGGCUGGAUAAAUAUUGUGACGUGGUUAAGGAUUCUGGAAACCUCUUUGCCUAGCCACACUUAGACUUUUUUCAGCUAAUCCUUUAAAUUGAAUAUAAUCUUUAGUCCGAGGAUUCCCAUUUAAACAACUCAGUAUUCUUUUAAGUGUGUCUUUUAGCUCGGCUCAAGUUAACAUGAAACUCCAGGUGAAUUUUCACUUAUGAUUCCAUUGCUAGCUUUUAUAUAAUAAUAGCAUUUGCUGCACUAUUCUAGUCAUCAGGAGUGAGGAAAAACACAUACCUAGGUUGUCUCCCUUAAAUGGUUUGCUUUGCUGAAUGCUUUUUUAUCCUAAUCACCUGCAAAUUUAUAACCCAAUUAUUCUUCCUCAAGAUUUGAAAAUGUUUUAAUCCUGCAAACUGGGUGAAUUCUAAACAGCUCUACAAAUAUAAGGAAAUAUUACAGCAAAUUUUAACUGAUUGUGAUUUUUUUUCCCCAUUCCCGACCACCCCAACCUAUUUUUGUGGACAUUGGUGAAUAAUCUAGAGCCUCUCUUCUUUGGAUAAUAUAUAAACCAGCUUAACUCAAGCCCUGCAACUAAAUCAUACAUGAAGACAUUAACUCUUUGCUUAGGUUCCUAACAGAUACACCUGAGAAGAAGCUUCAUUUAAGUAAAAAUUAAUAUGUUUGAAACUUUAGAGAUCCAGUUUUUUAAAAUUCUGUGUCUGUGGAAGAGAAGGAUAUACAAGGAAUGCUAGGGAAUAAUUAGCAUUAAACAUUAAGCUUUUGGUGGGUAGUGGUGGUGGUGGUGAUCUUGCUUAAUGAAAUUUCCUGAGAGUUCAGUCAAGGCACUAAGGCAAAGAGGGCCCCUUGAGGAAGAACAAUGGAACAGAAUUUCUGGAAUUAAUGUUUAGUGCCUCGUGUUGUUAUCUUAUUUAGGAAAGUGAAACACAUUUCCUACAAGAGGGAAUUCAGCAAGCACAAGAAUAAUGAAUGCUUUAUUUUGUCUCUCUUUUGACUUCUCCAGAAAACACAGAAUUAAUAAUCACCUCCCUUCACAGGUGAGGGGAUGAAGGCCCCAAGGGCGAAACAUACAGCCCCAAGUAAUCUCUGAUCUGGGUAGAGUCAGAGCCCAACAGGCUUGUUUAUACUAUGAUUAUUCAGGCUCAGCCUUCUCCUAGAGAAAGGCUUACUCUAAAUGGUCAAGUAAGUUGGGUUUCCCUUAAUGUUUCUUGCAUUCUCCUACUAAGAUAUAGUUUAUUAGGCAAUUGCAUAAAGAAUUAUAUCCCCCAGCCCUGACUCCCAUAUAUUAUGUAAGUGAGGAUAAUUGUUUGGGAAUUUAGCACAGGGCACUUUUUUUAACUUAAAAUUUGAACUUAAUUUACCUCACAAAGCUGCUGGGACUGGACUGGAUAACAAUGAUGUUCUGGUUACUGUGAUGCUGAAACAGAUUUCAAGACAGAUAAUAGCUCACCAUGUUGGGGUAAAAUGUUGGUAUGUUGCACAUAGGUGCAAGAACUUUGUGUUUUAGAGAGACCAACUUCUUAAAUGUGUAACAGUUACAUUGUGAGGGGACUGCAUUGGUCUGGAUUUCACCUGCACCUGGGCCUAUAGCCUGCCUGAGGUCAGAAAAGUUUUCAUGACCCAUUUUUUACCCUGAAUUGACAAGUUUAGAAAACAGGUUAAUGGACUAUUUCAUCCUCCUGGACCUUGAAAAGCUGGCUGACCAAUAUUAGACUAUUACUGCUACAUUAGUGUGCUAGGGAAACCUUUUUGCUGCACAUGCAGAUUUUUCUGUGACAUUUUGACUAGAUUUUGUGGGCUUCUGGGGACUAUGCUAUUUUCCUUUGUAAACCAUCUUCAUCCUUCUCAUUUGAAGCAGAGUUGAAGUGGCUAACGCGGGGAAUGCAUUUGUGGAAGCUUGCACCCUAUCUGCCUUUGUUCAGCAAUGCAGGUGGCUCCUAGCAUUUAUCUAUGUUAUAGAUAUGUGAGGUCAGGGAAGGGUACUUACUAACCUCUGGAAAAGAUGAGCUUCUUGGUAAAUAUUUAUUGACUUAUGGUAGAAGCAAACAUAGAAAACUAGUUCAGAACUUAGCCUUAAUAUGCCUUUUCUCCUGGAAGUAAAAUUAUUCUCCCUGUGAGACAGAAGACAUUGGACCUUAGCUUCCAGAGGACCUGGAUACAUUUUACUCACUCUCUAGUACCAAUUCAGUUACUAAUGUGGUACCUGAAUACAAUUUAAAAGCUUUAGGAGGCCUUAGGUAGGGUGGGACUCAGAAUCAUUUCCCUCUCUCAAGCCAACAAGUUUCUGAGGAACACACAGAACAUCAGAUGAUCUAGAUGGGAACAUUUGGGAAAACUAUCACAGGCAAUUAUAUUUACUUGGCACCUAUAUCACCAAAGAUUGUUCUAUUUGAGACACCAUUUACUGGUUUAAUUGAUCAACAGUAGAACAUGCCCUGGAUUUGAACUCUGAUCCUGUGUAUUGAGGAUAUGCCGUGUGUGCACACACCAGUUCAAAAGUGUUCUGUGUUAUCAGUAGGAAACCUGUUGGCCUUAUGAAGCUAAAUGAGAAGAAAUCUGCAUCACUACAAAAAAUGAAGUACAAAUCUUGGUGGGGACCAGAAGCGGACUUUUCAAGCUUGGAUUUCCUUGCUCCUGGGUCCAUUGUAAGCAACCAUAUGUUUGUCAUGGUGCUCACUCAGAAAUCGUAGGACAAAGAGCCUCCUGCAAAACCAAAAAGAAAUGUUACUGUCCUGCAAUUAUAAUUCUUCCUUGACUUUGUUCACUUUAGAUGUUUUACUAGUGAGUUUUGAUGACUCCCACCCCUUAUGUGAGAAUGUGUAUACUUUGGAAACUUGAAUUUAUCCAAACAAGCUACCUAUGACUUAGAAUCUGGGCAUAAGUUUUAAAUUCAAUGCUCAGUCCAAAUGGAUCUGGUUCCAGGCCCACUCCAAGGGUGGUUCCAGGUGUGUUUAUUCAGUGCUUGUACCAGACCACACAGGUAGCCUUGUUUCUGAGGGCAGCUUUACGGGGAGGUGUAGAAGGUGGUGGGCAGCAAAUGCACUGCAGAGUCAUUUACUUGGGUAUGGUGUUUAAGGAGCCUGAGAUUUUCACAAGAACCAGCAAAACCAGGAGUGGAGAAUUGGGGAGAGAGAGAAGUAGGCCUAAAACUCCCUCUUCUUGUGUCUUUUUUGACUUAAUACACCAUUGGGUCUGUCCUGGUGCUAUGGCCUAUCACAAAGGACUGUUUUAAGAGAGAAGCAAGCCACAGCCUUGCCAGAUAAAUCUCCAACACCAGCAGAAAAGCAUGAACCCUAAUUUGUGGGAGGCAAGGGUCUCCCAUUAUUUCUGGAGGCAAAUGGUGCCUUCUAGUGAAAUGGUGCCACCAUUUGCUGAUGGGGGUGCCUGUUCUCAGGAUGUGUGGAAACUCAGGCCUGAGGGUUUCUACAUGGUUUAUUCAAUCUAACUGCAUACCUAGCUUGGCAGAAUGGAGGUGGACAAAAGUGCUGAAAGGAUGAGGGUAGGCUUUUAGGGCAAAUCAAGUCACAAAGCAGAUGAUUGAGGGAGGUUACAAAGCUUAGGCAGAGUUAAAGUUGGGCAGUCCGUUAGCUCCUUUUGCAAGAAUCUCUGGAGAAGGUAGUUUGUUUCUCUUGAGAUUUUAAGUGCUCAUUUCUUUUCCCCUCCUUUUUUUUUUCAUUGAAUAUUCUCUAAAGACAAUCAGAGGCCUGCCAGGGAGGGACUCCUGGCUGGUUCCAGCACUGUCCUUAGGCCUCUUUUUAAUACUAACUUGUUGGAACUGAUGCACUUUGUUUAAUGUAUUUUGCCUUUUUUUUAAGCUGCUCAUUUAGAACAAAAUCAAAUGCUUAUUGCAUUGUAUCCUUCCUGCUUGCUGUUUUUCCUCUUAAUUUCAAGUUAUGCAUUGAAGAUAAAAGUACACUUAAGAAGUAUGCACAAGAAUACCUAUUAAAAUAACUCCCAUCAAGUUUGAUGGUAUAACUUCAAAGGAUUAAAAAAACUAUUUUGGAUUAAUAUUUUGCGUGGUUUUUUUUUUUUUUUUUUUGUAAAUAUGAUUGUAUAUAAGCUUGUGGUACAUUAUGACAGUUUUAAGUGGUUGUGAGAACACUAAAGAAAACAGGUCUUAAGCUAUGUUUAACCUUAACUUUGUGCUGAUUUGACAGCAAGGAAGGCAUUUUGGCCAGAGUAAAUUUUUUCAAACUCUUUCCAGUGGGACCUCCGAGAAUCAUUUCCAAAUGGAUGAAAAGUUCCUUCCUACUUUAAUAAAACUCCAGAAUUCUUUCCCCUCUCUUGCUGUCUCAUCCUUUACUUUCUGGAUUUAGGUGCUUUUUAAUUCCAGUUCAGGAAAGACAGGAAGAGUAGAAUUUCCCCAUAGCAACCUUGCUCCUGGCAUUGGGGAUUCUGCCUCUGAUCUCCGAAGACUGCUUCUUGUUUGUUCCUCUGUGAGCCUUAAGGAUUCCUCCACAGCUGGAUGUGCAGAACAAUUCUUUGUCAAAAUCAUCACUUUUCAGCUCAGUGUCCAAUUUUCCUUGAGCUGUCUGUGUCUUUAAGCAAUCAAUAGUCUCCUUAUGCCCAGCCACAAUCUCUUCUGCUUUAACAUUGUACUGUUAACUGUUGAGCACCCUCAUAAGAUCCCUCUUAGACUAAAAGAUAGUUCAUGCAAUUUUAGUUUUCCCUUAUCCAUUUAUUUUCUUAAUCUGAUUUUCUGUAUUUGCCCACGGCCAGUACUUGUGGAGAUUUUAAAAUUUUAUAAAUUAAAAUUCCAUUUAAAUUAA